GAUUGCGCCAUAACCUCGAGUAAAUCCCAGGUUGUGUUGACAGAAGUCAGUUAACAGUAACAGGAAGGUCGUUGCAGUGCAGUAUGGAUCGUCGGAAGUUAACGCGAAGCAGAAUUUGUGUGCGUGCUUUGAUGCAAUAUAUGUCAUGUAUGAUUUUUGGCUUUACGUUUAGGUCAGUUAUAAGUUGACUUCUUUCUGCGUAAUAUAGCCGCGCUGUUUUCCAGUUUGUGUGUAAUUGAGAUGGAAUUCGUUAUUGGAGGGACAGCAGCGAUCGGAGCAGGUUUCUUUACGAAUCCUUUAGAAGUCGUAAAGACACGUCUUCAACUUCAGGGAGAAUUAAAAGCUCGUGGACUGUAUGCAGUACAUUAUAGAAAUUUCUUCCACGCUUUUUACGCGGUAGCGAAGUCUGACGGCAUCCUGGCGCUCCAAAAAGGUUUAGUGCCUGCUUUGUGGUAUCAGUUGUUCCUCAAUGGAGUUCGUUUAGGAACGUAUCAGUUUGCAGAAGAACGCGGGUGGACUCUGGUAUCCGGGCGUUCGGAGGUAUCUGCAGCAAAGUGUGUUGUUGUUGGAGCUUUUGCUGGAUGUAUGGGCGCAUUUACUGGAAGCCCCUUUUAUCUGGUAAAAACGCAUCUCCAGUCACAAGCAUCUGCAAGUGUUGCUGUUGGCCAUCAGCACCAUCACAGAGGAAUGAUAAAUGGGUUAAGCAACAUAUAUAAAGAGCAUGGCAUUAGGGGAUUGUGGCGUGGCAGCAUGGGGGCAAUGCCCAGGGCUGCCAUUGGUUCUGCCACCCAGUUAGUUUCAUUCAAUUUGGCAAAGGAGUAUCUUUCGCAGUAUCAGGUAUUUAAUAAAAAGCCCCUUCUUAACACAUUUGCAUCUAGUCUCAUUGGUGGCAUUGUUGUGGCAGUCUGCAUGACACCAUUUGAUGUUGUUAUGACAAGAUUAUAUAAUCAAGGUGUUAAUGCCGAAGGAAAAGGUCUACUAUAUAAUUCAGUUCCAGACUGUUUCAUCAAGAUUUGGAAGACUGAAGGGAUAUAUGGGUUUUACAAAGGCUUUGUACCCAGUUAUGCUCGUCUUGGCCCUCACACAGUAUUAUGCUUUGUUUUUUGGGAUGCCCUAAAGCAAUUGGAAGCAGAUCUUUCAAAGAAGUAUGCAGAAAAAGAGUUGAAAGUAGAUGUUGAUUUGGUAAAGUAGAUUUUGUGGUAGUCUACUGUAAUUUGUCAACAAAUAUGCAAGUGCUGGUUCCCAAGGUCUGGUAUUCAGAACUACUGAACAAAGCAAGGGGCUUGGCUUAUGGAACAUCACACACACAUUUACGCUGUGGCUUUUUGAAUUGCCUUGUUGGUUUAACAUUGUUAGAAUGACAAAGUGAAACUAUUACUGAAAGUUAUAACUUUGAUAAUAAUGGGAUUUGUAUAUGAAAAUAAAUGGCUUUCAAUAGAAA